AUGGCCUUAGAACCUGGAUUGAAUUACGACAAACACAAACAUUGUGUUUUUGGCUUGGAAGAUUAUGGACAUUUAAGACAACCGUCAUUUGCUGAUCAUGUUUUGACAUUCAUGAUUCAAGGGCUUAAUAAAAAGUUCAAACAACCGAUAUGUUUUUAUUUUGUUAAGGGUACAAUAAAAACACUUGAACUUAAAAGAUGUAUAGAAGAAGUUGUACUUGGUAUACUUAGUACUGGUUUAAAUAUUGUGGCCACAGUUUCUGAUCAGGGUGCUACCAACGUAGCCGCCAUUAAUAUUUUGAUGAAGGAAGCAAAACAGAAUUCUGAAAUGCAUGAAGGUUAUUUCAUUAAAAAACACAAAUUAAUACAUGUCUAUGAUCCCCCUCAUCUGUUGAAAUCUAUUCGUAACAAUUUAUUGACGAAAAAUGUUACGUUCACAUGGCGUGGUGAGCAACAGAUGGCCAAAUGGGAUUAUUUUGUCAAUACAUAUGAAAUCGACAAGACAUAUGAAGAUUUGGAGUUACGUAAUUUGGCAAAAAUCACAGAAGCUCAUGUAUAUCCUAACAAAAUAAAAAAAAUGAAGGUUGCUUUGGCAUCACAAAUAUUUAGCCAUAAAGUCGCAUAA